UGGCAGCUAGCUAGCCAGUCAUUUCAACAUUCUUACACAAAUUAUCUGCAUUAUGCACUAGCAGGAAACCUGUCUGGAGAGGCGCAUGGGUCAACCAUCAAUGUAAAGCUCCGCUGUGACUCUGAGUGGUACUGCAACGAAAGCAAAAAGACUGCAACAUCAGUAGUAGGACAGAAGAAGCUGUGCUGUUGCAAGGGCUGAACAGUUAUUACCUUGAUCUAGUUGAGCAUCUGAGAGGCCUUCGCCGCAAGAUGCACGCAGCUACUUGCAGCGCUCGUUUAGGGCCUUCUGUCAGCCUCACAAAUUUAGGAUGCAAGAGGGGGUUACCUCAUCACAGGGGGGGGAGCGCCAGACUCCUUCCCAGACAGGGUAGGAUCAAGGGGAGAAACACAAAAUGCAGCAUGAGUAGAGGGGGGGACGAUGCAGAGGUGGAUGUUGCAGUGAUUGGGGGGGGGCCAGGAGGGCUAGCAGCAGCAUUUGCCCUUAUUGCAAAGGGCUUAACAGUUCGUGUGUACGAAAGGAGUAAGGCCGUCCAACAGGUUGGGGCACUCCUCUCGCUGUUUCCAAACGGCUUGGAGGCCCUUCACAAGAUCGACCCAACCACCUACGAAGCAGUGCUUGGAAAAGCGGAGCCUCCUUCCUCGAGUGUCAGAAUGGAUCCCCGAGGCACCCUUCUCGGUCCGCCCGGCCCGCACCCCUUUAGUGCCAUGGAGGGCAAGUACGGACACCCCUUUGUCAACAUUAUAUGGUACGAACUGACGGACGUUCUCCGCUCGAGGUUACCUCCAGGGACUGUUCAUCUAGGCCACCGCUGCGUGGGGUUUGAAGACGCCGGCGCGCAUGUUGCUGUGGAGUUUGAGAACCAAGCGACCGUGAAAGCGCGCAUGGUCAUCGGUGCAGACGGGGUGCGCUCUGUGGUCCGAAGUAUGCUGCUCUCCGAUGGGCCCCCGACUUACACAGGCAUCAUGAGCUGGCGUGGGGUGUUUGACUCGGAUGCAGACAUCCUGACCCCCAGCCGCCAAGCUUCGGUCACAAGUGGCACCGACAAAGGCGGGCCGGACAAGCUCUUUCUCGCUGUGGAUAUUCAGGCGCGGAAGACGGCGUGGGUCGCCUUCGUGCUUCAGGCAGAGGACCCGUCCGAAACACCCAAGCUUUCGGACGGUGCUGCUCAUCUGGAUCGCGUCCGAAGCCUCUUCUCGGACUGGGAGGCCCCUCUGCUGCACAGAGUCUUAGAUGCAACAGACAGCGCGCGUGUGUUGCCGCUCGGGAUCUUCGAGCGCUCCCCUGCUGACACGUGGAGCGGUGGGAGGGUGACACUUGUCGGCGAUGCGGCGCAUGCGAUGCAGCCCUGGCUGGGGCAGGGGACGAACUCUACCUUUGAGGACGUGCAUACGCUAGCAGAGUUGCUAGCGGCCGCUGGAGGGCCGAAAGUGUUGGGCGAUCGGUCAGCUGUUGUUUCCGUGUUGAAAGAGUACGAGUCCAGACGGAUACCGAGAACGAAAACCCUCCAAAGUUGGAGCCAGUCUACGGUGCUCCGGCCAUUGGAUCAACCUCCACCUCCACGAGCCACACAGUUCAUGAGGAGCGCCGAGGAGGAUGAUUGGAUGUAUACGUAUGACCACGCAGUGCUCACAAGUCUUGCGUAGGGAUGAAGCGGCAGGAGAAGCAUGCCGCACAGCCGCAACACGCCUUAGAGCCCAAUCCUAGCUUAACAAGAGCACGAUACAGUUCGGUCUCACCAGCUAUACAGAUGAGUCUAGGUAAACAUCAAAUCUGGGUAGACGUCAAUUCUAACACGUGAUGUGGGCAACGCUACGGUUCCUGACAUGAUCAAAAACGAGAUCAAUCAGCGCUUUCCUUGAUACGCGCACACGUCAAGUGGCACAUCCAACCAAGUUGCAUGCGCAGACCUAUCUUUUCAUAAGUGGCGUACGUAAGUGAUUCAAUUUAUCUCCUUGACUAAGACUUGUGUCUUCUUUAUGAAUUAUACUUACACGCAGAUGGUAGGGUGGAAAGAGCUUUCAAGCUCAACUCCUGAGUUGAAUACAAACAGGGCCAUGAAAAUUGCAGAAUGAUCUGCCCACCAAGAAGUGGGCACAGCGAAGCAUCAACAACGGAAAGGAAAAAGAGGAAACUUCUUGGUAC